AUGUCCGAAGUCCAGUCGGCCAGGACUGGCAACUCCAGAGGCCGAGGUGGCUUUAGAGGCGGGCGAGGUGGCUUCAGAGGUGGUCGCAAUCCUUCCAGAUCGCACAAAGACACAAACGAACAAGAGAACAUGCCUCUCACAACCUUGGAAGAUGAAGGCGAAGUUGGCGAACUGAAGAGAAAGUUCGGCGACAAGAUCCCUCUCCUGCAUGAAGUCUGCCCCGGAUGGAGCGACGAAGACUUGGUUUUCGCUCUCGAAGAGACCAACGGUGACCUCGAAGCUGCAGUCGAUCGCAUCUCAUCUGGCACAAUAUCUCAAUGGGGCGAAGUAAAGAAGAAGCAGCCAAAGUCCAAAGAUACUGCGACUUCCGCGGACACCGGCUCGAUUCGCGGCCGUGGGCGAGGUGGGAUUGAUGCACGAGGACGUGGACGAGGCACCGAGCGUGGUGCUCGCGGCGGCAGAGGAGCAAGAGCUGUUUCGCAAGCGAACGGCACCAAGCAUGCACCUAAGGCGGAGGACGAUGGAUGGGGUCAGACAACCACCUCUGCCACUGCGGUCGGAGGCUGGGAUUCGCCCGCUACCACUACUGAAGCGGUUGGCGGCUGGGACUCUGCACCUACAAAUGGAGACACACCGGCCCAAGCUGAGACUGAGAAGGCAUCUGCCCCAGUCGAGACUACGAAACCUGCAGCUCCCACCACUGCUGCGACGAAAAAGCCCGGUGGUUGGGCAGGCCUUUUUGCGAAGCCACCACCAGCACCCAAACAAGCCCCUGCUUCAGUUCCAGCUGCACAGCCGGAGGCAAACUCGUCCAAUACUGCUACUGCUGGUGCUCCCGAACAGACCAACGUACCUGAAGUCUUGCCGCCUCCCAUCGAAGCACAAGUCGUCGACGAUGCUCCCUCCGAACUUCCCUCCGCUCCCCACUCCGAAGGUCCCACCGAUUUAUCACCAGGGAAGGAUGAACUCACGGAGACGAAUCUCGAACAGCUCCCCGAUGAAUCUCAUCCCCCCGCUUCCCACACUGUCGCUAGCACCACUGCGAGCACUCAGGACCCCCUUGCUCAGCUCACUACUUCGGCCAAGGCACCAGUUCGCCCAGCUUCGGGCUAUGCAGCGACUGCACUGAAGGCCACGACCGGCGGUGGGAGAUCUGCUAGCUUCGUCCGCAAGGUUAAAGAGCAGCAGGAGGCUGUUGUCAUGCCUGGCAAUCACGCUGUGGAAAAAGCGGCUGUACAGUUCGGGAAAAUGGGUCUCAAUGGUGACAGUGAUGAUCUCGAUGACGAUCGUGAAGAGCCCGAAACGCGCACUCAACUUCCAGACGACUCUCCAGUAGCUCCUCGAGCCUCGUUACCCCCUGCUCUGCCAGAAGCUCGGACCACCGCUGCACCCGCAGAGCCGCAGCCUCCGACUGAGCCUCAGGCUCACCGUCAGGCACCUGGUCUGCCGCCUGCCCCUCAGCAACACCAACAGGUCGCCCCUCAGGUUGCACCGGGCUUCGGUGAUCCGUAUAGAUAUGGCCAGCCUUCGAAGACAUAUGAUCCGUUUGGGCAGCCACCCAGCACGCAAGCUCCUGGCCCGAACCAGGAGCCCUUUGCGAGCCAAGUCCCUGGUCAGCCUCAGGCUGCGGGCCAGAACGACAUGUCAAGCUACUACGGCCGUGAUGCUUACCAGCAAUACUACAACUACCAGCAUCAAGAUGCUCAGCGCACCGGAAGUGCCUUUGGAUCGUCUGCACCAGAGACAGCGUCACACUACGCGACCGCUCGCCCUCAGCAAGGUUACGGACAACAGGAGGCGACUACGAGCGGCAAUAACACCCCCGCACCUGGUAUUCCCGCUCAGCACACCCAAGCUGCUCAACAGCAGCAGCAGCAGCAGCAGCAGCAGCAGCACAUGGGCGGCAAUCAUGGCGCUUAUUCGUAUGGAUACCCCAACAACUAUGCUCAGCAGUACCCACAGUACAGCCAGAGCUAUAUGAACCAAAUGGCACAGGGCCGCUAUGGUGCCAAUCGACCCAUGUUUGACGAUGCUCGUCGUCAACAGGACGAUUACUAUGGCAACCAAUAUGCGUAUGGCUCCAACCAACACUACGGCGGCGCUGGCUCUUACAAGUCUGGCAUGUAUGGGCAACCCCAGCAGCAGUAUGGUCACGAGUACUCAUCUAGCCCGGCAACCGCGGGCACUUUUGGUGGCCGUGAGAAUGCAUACGGGCGAAGCGGGUCUGCCCAACCGUCGGACCAGCCCACUCCUGGCAGCAGCCAUCAAUUCGGUGCGAUGCCUGAUCCUUUUGGCAGAAGCUCGUCCGGAUUUGGACAGAGCCAGUCACUGGGUCAGCAGCACGGCAGUCUUCAGGGUAGCGAGGAUGCUACAAAGCCCUCGGGUCCUAGCCCUUCGGUUCAAGCUGGCCGUCCCGGUUCGACCGUGAACACCAGUCAGGCUCAGCCGGGCGGGCUGGGUCAGCCCCCUACCCACAAUUCUCAACAGGCGUUCGGUGCUUAUCCUCAGUACGGUGGCGGUUUUGGGACCUUUGGUGGGCAGCAAGGUGCACACCAAUCCAGUGGCUACGGAACCUACGGCACUAAUGCAUUCGGAACUUAUGGAAGCUAUGGCGGAGGUCGCGGAUGGAAUCACUGA